GGGGCGGGCCGGGCCGGGCGGAGCGGAGCCCGAGGCGGCGUAGCUGAGCGGUGCCGUGAGGGGUGCAUGGCACCCUGCGGGCGGGGGUCGGCGCCCGGCUGGGCGAGAGUUGCGUAGGGGUAAGCUCGCGGCGUCACGCGCACCGCCUCGGGACCCUCCCUCGGCACAAGGAAGCAGUGAGGCGGCGACAAGAUGAUUGAGACGCUUGUGAGCAGCGAUGCCCGGGCGCUGCUGUACCAGCUCACGGCUCUGCUGGAGCACGAGCUGCGGUGUCAGCCGAAGGGCUCGGGCCUGAGGCUGAUCGAGUCUGCCCAUGACAACGGCCUCCGAAUGACCGCAAGGCUGCGAGACUUCGAAGUGAAGGACCUGCUCAGCUUAACUCAGUUCUUCGGCUUCCACACGGAGACCUUCUCGCUGGCCGUCAACUUCUUAGAUAGAUUCCUGUCCAAAAUGAAGGUACAGCCUAAACACUUGGGCUGUGUUGGACUGAGCUGCUUCUACCUGGCUGUGAAGGCAACAGAAGAAGAGAGAAACGUUCCCUUAGCCACCGACUUAAUUCGAAUAAGCCAGUAUAGGUUCACUGUUUCUGAUAUGAUGAGAAUGGAGAAAAUUGUAUUGGAGAAGCUUUCUUGGAAAGUCAAAGCAACAACAGCCUUCCAGUUCCUACAGCUUUAUCACUCACUCAUUCAUGAGAAUUUAAGCUGUGAAAGGAAAAGAUACCUUAAUUUUGAGAGACUUGAGACCCAGCUUAAGGCAUGUCACUGCAGAAUCAUGUUUUCUAAAGCUAAGCCUUCUGUCUUAGCACUGUCUAUUAUGGCACUAGAGAUAGAAGAACAAAAACUACUGGAGUUGACAGAGGCAUUGGAAUUUCUGCAGUUGCAUUCCAAGAUAAACAGCAGAGACUUGACCUUCUGGAAGGAAUUGGUGUUGAAGUGCCUUACAGAAUAUUCCUCGAGCAAGUGUUCCAAACCAAAUGUCCAGAAAUUAAAAUGGAUCGUGUCUGGACGUACAGCACGGCAGCUUAAACAUAGCUAUUAUAGAAUAACACACCUUCCUACAAUUCCAGAAACCAGCUCAUAAUAGUUUCUUAUUCCACAUAGGUAACCUGUUGGAGAUGUUAACGUAAAUGUAGUAGGCCUGUCGCAGAGGCUGGUCUGUUCUCGUGUUCAUGCUUGAGCCUGUGGUGUACCUAAAGAAGUGGCUACCUAAUAUGUGAACACUGGAAAAGGAACUGAUGCUUUGGUGUACUCUGGGAGCAGAAAUGUAUUCUACAGACACUGGGACCUCAUUCAAACUUAAAUACGGAGUAAAACUGGUAAAAAAGCAGGGGAAAUACUUAGCUUGCUCCUAUCACAGAAAGAAUCUAAGAGGAAACAGUUGCCUGUUAGAAGCUCUCUUGCAAUAGUUCACUGAAGCCACUUAAAGACAGCUUCAUACACUUUUGAGUUGGAUAGCUGUCUAUUUAGUAAAGUCUGAAACUCAUUUGGUUACACAUACUGCAGUCGAUUACUUGUGGAAUCACUCACUACUUCCUUAUCUAGACUUCAAUUCCAAAGGCUACCUAUCUUCUUUAAAAGCUGUCUUUCUGUGUUAAAGUCUGUCUUAUGCUUUAUUUUAUUCUUGGAGGAAUUCCUUUAGUUAGUUGAUUGUUCUGUAUGGUGUUUUCGUUUGUUUUACAGGAGUACAAUAAAAGGAGAGAACCAGCCUGAGACCUGUUCACAGACAGAGAAAGAUUCGAGAAACAUCUUAAUGAAGAACUUGACUAUAGCAAGAAUAUAUAGCAGUUCAGACUAGAAUUCCUUGCAGCAAAUGUUCUUUUCCAUGAUGACUAUGAUACCUAAUGUUAGCUUUUGGUCUUACUAGACGAUUUACUAUUUAAGCAGUAAAAUGUCACAAUACUGAUGCAAAGAAUUUAAUACCUUAUAGUUUGUAGAGCAGCUUGUGUAAUCUAACCUUGUUUUACAGUAAGUGCAGGUGCAGAAUUAUAUAUGAAAUUGAAAGUUUGGUUCACUUUCCAAAGACUACAUGACACAAGGUGAACAUAUGCAGUAACACAGUGCUUCAGUGUCUCAAGCAAACUAAAGACCACCUUACUCAAUACUGAUAGGAGUAACAAAUACUCGUCAGUCCACCUGAUGUGCUGUUUGGACAGCAGCAUGCAUCUGUGUUCCUACGGGGUAGGGGGCUGGCCUUUUACCAUGGACACAAACUGAAAAUAAGGCCUUCUGAUGCCUGUUGUGUAGUCAUUAGCAGUGCAUCACUAGCAUCAGUAUUACGUGGGAAGUGUGGUUUGCUGAGGUUAGGGAUGAGACUGAGUGUGUGGAAACUUCAUAAUACCUACUGCUGGCUAGGGAGAAAGCACCACAGCACCUGCCCAAAUUGGGUAUCAGUUAGCCAGGGUUCCACUGUACAAGGACAGGAGUAAAUGCUGGUAAUGAACAAGAGGGACAAGCACAGUCAGAAGUGUUCAAGCUCCACUGUGCUCCUACUUACAGGCUACUCAAGAUGAAGAAAACCUGAAGACUGUUGCAACCAUAGUCUGUUUAACAGUGAUCUUACUAAGUAAAAUUGCUGUUUUUUCCCUGAAGACUAAGUCAGUACUUGAGGUGUAUCAUGCUGCUGGUUCUAAUGUGAAAGUGAACAAGAACAAUAUGUUAGAGUAUGUCAGAUGGAUGAGCACUUGGGGGAAUGUUGCUUAUGACUCCUUGAAGUCUGUUAAAAUCCGGUCGUUGUAUGAAUGGAGUCAGUGGAGAAGGAAGGAAUCUGCAUGUUUGGAAUACUCUGUGGGCUUACCAGGCUUGCCUACCAAAUCCAUCUCCUUUAUGGAGGAGGAGAUGACUCUUCAUUUUUCUCAAAAUAGUUAAACUUCUCACAGAAAACUACAUACCAAAGCUCUGUACUGGACAAAUCAAGCUUUCUCAUAAACUCUUGGGAAUGGUUGUGCUGCAUAAUGUGGAUGGAAAACCCAAUUCAAUCAGUGCAACGUAUGCAUUGUGCUGAAAGGAAUACAAGUGAUGUAGACAAAGGGGCGGUCAGCUUAUUGGGAAAGAGCAAGAUGCAGCGUGCUAUUGUGCUGGUAUUGUCAUGUCUGAAGAUAUGUACCUUUCAAUUAAACGUUGAAAUGCA